AUGGAAAGGGAAAAAUUAAAGUUUGUUAUAAAAACCCAAAGAUGUUCAUAUGUUAAAGCUCAGCUGAAAUGUAGUGACUUAUGUUCUUGUGAAAGUUGCAGCAGCAUUGUAGCAGUGGAUGAGGACAUAAUCCUAACAGAAAAUGAAGGUGAUUUACUUGGCAACAACGAUGAUGACAGUGAUGAUGACGAGUUACUAAUUAUGUAA